UGUGGCGGGUGCAGAUCCUCCGCUCCUGCGUGACUGAGGUUCUUUUGCUGGCGCUUCAACGCAGCCAUGGCGAAUUCUCUGUUUCGCAGCCUUCGAAGAGCUUCUUCUGUUCUCAAAAUUUCAUAUUCUGCUUCGAUAUCGCUCAGGUCAGUUGUCAGAAAUCAAACACCAAUUUGCUCUCCAUUCAGGCAAUUCAUACCGCUCGAGCAGCAAAUCCCAGCAUGGGUUUACAGAAACUUCAGUCAUGGUUCUGUUAAUCUUGUGAUAUCGGGCGGGAAAACUAAGUUCGAAACUCACGAGGUUGACCCUCCAAAGAAAGAUAAGUGGAAGACCAAAAAGAGGUUGAAGCAACAGAGGAAGAGAGAGAAGCAGAAGAGAAAAGCGGCAAAUAAGAGAGACCCUCGUCGGCUUGGUGUCAAAGGGAAGAAGAAACAGAAGUUUGCCAAUGCAGAAGAGAGAAUCAAGUACAAGAUUGAAAAAGCCAAAGUUAAGGAAGCAUUGCUUAUUGAAAGACUCAAGCGAUAUGAAAUUCCCAGAGUUCAGGGCCCUGUGGCAAAACCUGAUGGCUUGACCGGGGAAGAACGAUUUUAUUUGAAGAAAAUGGCGCAGAAAAGCACUAAUUAUCUACAAGUUGGAAGGAGAGGAUUAUUUGGAGGUGUUGUUCUUAAUAUGCACAUGCAUUGGAAGAGACAUGAAACUGUUAAGGUCAUAUGCAAGCCUUGUAAACCUGGACAAGUUCAUGAGUAUGCGCAGGAAAUUGCCAGAUUGAGUGGUGGUAUUCCAAUUCAUAUAAUUGGGGAUGACACGAUCAUAUUUUAUCGAGGAAAGAACUAUGUACAACCUGAGGUUAUGUCGCCAGUAGAUACAUUGUCCAAGAAAAAGGCACUUGAAAAAUCCAAGUACGAGCAAUCACUUGAGUCAGUGAGGCGCUUCAUUGCUAUUGCCGAGAAGGAAUUAGAACUAUAUUAUAGGCACGUUGCACUAUAUGGUGACCCAAAUGACCGUGACCCCUUAUCAAUAUUGGAACGUCCAAGCGGGAACUCCUGGAUAAAAAGGAAUCAUGGACUGAAUGGAAAGAGAAAUUUCGUUCUAAGCAGUGAUAACUUUUCAACAGAUAUGUCAGACAUGGAAGCGGAUUCCACGGAUAUUGGAUUUCAGAUUAGUGAAACUGAAGCCAAUUCCGAAGGUGGCCAUUUAUCAAUUAGUGAAUCAGAUUCUGAGGAAGACAGCUUAUUGGAUUUCAGAGGUGAGGAAAGAGGGGCUUAUUAUGCUAAAAUGGAAGAUGACGGAUUGGGCGCAUCCCCAGGUUCAUUAUCAAUGUCCAAACGCAGCUUCCAUUACAAUAAUCCUUGUUUAUUAUCCGAAGGGAUUCCAACCAUAAGAGAUUGAUAUAAUAUAUAUAUUGUAUUUUAAAUGUUAAUUUUAUGAUUCCACUCCCUUGAUUAAUCUGGAAGGCAGCGGUUUUAGCAAAGUUGUUACAA